ACUCGUGGGAUUACCAGCCCCACUCUGCCCUUCUCUCUUCUCCCUGCGAAGAAUCACCGAUCCUUCCCUAAUCUUGUAGCCUUCCUCUGCUCCUCUCCCCUGGCUAGUGGUGCUACUCCACGGCCACCACCCACCUCUCCCUUCCCUCUCCCUUCCGCCGGUUCUGUGUGACUGUGUACCUUGCUUGCUUCCUCCUCUACCCACCUCACAAACUUCCCUUUUCCUCUUUCUCUCUCCUUCCCACGGAGCCUACACGCUCCGAUUGCUGCCACAGAUUCCCCUCUUUUGGCGACCUUUCCGUCCGUGAUUAUAUGAAUAUGAUGGGUUCCUUGCAAGUUCAACCUUCUGAUUGUUGGGUUGAGAAUGAGCUUUCUGAUUUGUAAAGAAAUAAGCAUCAUUUAGAGAGCGGUGCUAAAGUCAUGUGGAUUUGGUAGCGUUGGCAGUUUCCACAAAUUGGUCUUUUGGAUCCAUGUGCAUGCAUAGUUUAUAGCUGGAGCAGAGACUUCUGAUGUUCAUGUUCUUUCUGUCUAUUUGCUUUUACCAAGCAGCUUUUACAUCUGAUGGGCUGCUCACCUUCUAAGGAUUGUUCUUGUUCACAUUUUAAGGGAUGUUUGCAUUCCCACGGGUGCUUCAGACAAACACCUGAUUCUCCACGAGAGUCAAGAGAAAAAUCAGGUAGGGGAAGGGGAAAGACAGAUUCUAGUGCUUCAGAUGGCUCUUCUGAUGACCUAGAGGGUGAAGAUGAUGGAUUGAACCAAAUGAACAUUACAAGGGAAUCAAAUGUUGGUAUCAAUCGGCUCUCGAGGGUUUCUUCGCAGUUUCUUCCUCCAGAAGGUUCACGCAAAGUUCGAGUCCCAUUGGGGAACUAUGACCUGAGAUAUUCCUAUUUGUCUCAAAGAGGUUACUACCCAGAAUCAUUGGACAAACCGAACCAAGAUAGCUUUUGCAUCCAUACUCCGUUUGGAACAAGCCCUGAUGACCACUUCUUUGGUGUAUUUGAUGGCCAUGGGGAGUAUGGAGCUCAGUGCUCACAAUUCGUGAAACGAAGAUUGUGUGAAAACCUGCUCAGAGACAGCCGGUUCCGUACUGACGCUGUUCAGGCUCUUCACUCUGCUUUCUUAGCAACAAAUUCUCAGCUCCAUGCGGACAGUUUAGAUGAUUCUAUGAGUGGUACUACCGCGAUCACUAUAUUGGUAAGGGGCAAAACAUUGUAUGUUGCAAAUUCUGGUGAUUCACGUGCUGUUAUUGCUGAGAAAAGAGGAGAAGAUAUUGUUGCUGUUGAUCUCUCCAUAGAUCAAACUCCUUUCCGGGCUGAUGAGGUUGAAAGGGUCAAGGAGUGUGGCGCCAGGGUUCUGACAUUGGAUCAAAUAGAGGGACUAAAGAACCCAGAUCUGCAGUGUUGGGGUACCGAGGAAAAUGACGAUGGUGAUCCUCCAAGGUUGUGGGUGGAAAGUGGCAUGUACCCAGGAACUGCUUUUACUCGUAGCAUUGGAGAUUCUGUCGCUGAAUCAAUUGGUGUUGUGGCAAAUCCUGAGAUUUUUAUCCUGGAGCUCACUGCUAUCCAUCCAUUCUUUGUUAUUGCUAGUGAUGGAGUUUUCGAGUUUCUUUCUAGUCAAACAGUCGUUGACAUGAUUGCUAAAUACAAGGAUCCUCGUGAUGCAUGUGCUGCAAUUGUUGCUGAAUCCUAUCGUCUCUGGCUACAGUAUGAAACUCGUACGGAUGACAUUACAAUCAUACUUGUGCAUAUUAACGGGUUAACUGAUGUGGGGCCCACCCAAACCAUAAUGAAGGUGUCUUUGCAGCCUUCACAGCAAGUAUUAGAAUUGGCGGGCUCCGAAUCACCAUCCGUUGUAAGUAUGAACCCCAAUAAGCAGCGUUCAACUUAUGAUCUAUCGCGCACACGGCUGAGAGCUCUUGAAAGUUCUCUUGGGAAUGGUCAACUAUGGGCCCCUCCAUCUCCAUCACAUCGCAAGACAUGGGAAGAGCAAGCACAUAUUGAGCGGAUACUACAUGAUCAUUUCCUCUUCAGAAAGCUCACUGAUUCGCAGUGCAAUGUUUUACUUGAUUGCAUGCAACGGCUCGAGGCAAAACCCGGGGAUAUAGUAGUGCAACAGGGUGGUGAAGGUGACUGCUUCUAUGUAGUUGGGAGUGGUGAGUUUGAAGUUCUGGCUAUUCAGGAAGAAGAUGGGAAGGAAAUGACCAAGGUUCUGCAUCGGUAUACUGCUGACAAACAAUCUUCCUUUGGAGAGCUAGCACUGAUGUACAACAAGCCACUUCAGUCUUCAGUUCGUGCCGUGACUAGUGGAACAUUAUGGGCUCUAAAGCGGGAGGAUUUCAGGGGAAUUCUGAUGUCAGAGUUUUCGAACAUAUCAUCAUUGAAGCUGCUCCGGUCUGUAGAGCUGUUUACAAAAUUGACAGUGGUUCAGCUAAGUCAACUUGCCGAAUCACUUGUUGAGGUAUCCUUCGCAGACGGACAAGUAAUAGUAGAAAAGGAUGAUGAAGUCUCUAACCUGUAUAUUAUUCAAAGAGGUCGUGUGAGACUUAUAGUAGCAGCUGAUCAGUUAAAUUCAGAUGCUUGGGAUCUUCUUAGUGCUCACACCAAGCAGGUCCAACAAAGUCAAGAAAAUGGCAAUUAUGUGGUUGAGAUAGAUGAGGGAGGUCACUUUGGAGAGUGGACUCUCAUUGGAGAGACUAUCGCAUUUACCGCUAUCUCAGUUGGUGAUGUGAUUUGUUCUACUAUUGCAAAGGAGAAGUUUGAUUUAACUGUUGGGUCUUUGCCUAAACUUUCACAGCCUGAUUCCAAGCUUAAAGAUUCUCUUAUCCCAAAGGAGCAUCAGCAUAGUGCAGAGGAGGAUUUUUCCUUUCGGCGGGUUCAUCUAUCUGAUUUGGAAUGGAAGACGUGCAUAUAUGCCGCUGAUUGCAGUGAGAUCGGCCUCGUCCAAGUUAGAGGCUCCGACAAGAUUAAAAGCUUCAAAAGAUUUUAUAUCAAGAGAGUAAAAGAUCUCCGUAAGGAGGCACAGGUCUUUCAGGAGAAAGACAUCAUGAAAAGUUUGAGCCAAACUGCAUGUGUGCCAGAAGUUUUAUGUACUUGUGCUGACCAAUCAUACCUUGGAAUACUGCUGAAUUGUUGCCUUUGUUGCUCACUGGCUUCAAUACUUAGUACACCACUAAGUGAGUCAUCUGCACGAUUCUAUGCAGCUUCAGUUGUUGUUUCUCUAGAAGAACUUCACCAGAGGUGUAUUCUUUACAGAGGUGUUUCAGCAGACAUUCUUAUGCUUGACAGAUCGGGACAUCUGCAGAUAGUUGACUUUAGGUUUGCAAAGAAGUUGGAAGGUGAAAGGACAUACACAGUAUGUGGCAUUGCUGACUCGCUAGCUCCAGAAAUCGUUCUUGGCAAGGGCCAUGGAUUUGCUGCUGACUGGUGGGCACUCGGAGUAUUGAUUUAUUUCAUGCUGCAAUCUGACAUGCCAUUUGGGUCCUGGAGGGAGAGUGAGCUAGAACCUUUCGCAAAGAUUGCAAAGGGGCACCUAAUUAUGCCGUCAACAUUCAGCGUGGAAGUUGUUGACCUUAUAACCAAGCUACUUGUGGUAGAUGAAAAUGCACGCCUCGGAACCAACGGUGCAGACGCCGUGAAGAAACACCCCUGGUUUGAUGGCAUUGACUGGAAACAAAUAGCAGAUGGCACUUUAACAGUACCUCAAGAAAUUUCUGAUCGCAUCGCCAGCUAUGUAGAAACUCUUCAGGAGGAUUUAACUGGCUCCCCUUCCAUGAUGACUGAAGAUCCCGCUGAUCUGGCUGUUCCAGAAUGGGUUAAAGAUUGGUAAUCUUAGUAACUGGAUACAUAGCGAGAGCUUCUUUAGUUUUUGCCAGGAAGGCACUGUCAUAUCAUAUGAAAACAGGUAUCCAGAUGAGCGGAAGUUCUGUCAAAAUGAAGAAUUUAUCAUAAACAGCGAAGAUCCGCCUAUGGUUGUAUAUAGCAGGAAUCACUAGCACAAGCUGCGACCAUUUGAUUAAUGCCAUCAAAUGGAGAAAAUGGUGAUAAAUUAGUCACAAUGCACGAGCAUUGGUCUGCAAGGUGGUAAAUAAGUCCUCCAGUAAAUAUGUAUAGGCCCUUCUUUCAUUUGUCAAUUAAUUUAUAGUUUUCCUACUCAUGUAAUUUUGUGUAAAAUUUUGAAGAGAAAAAACAAGAUCCAUGUGUCGGAA